UUCGCUCGCCCGCGGCAUAAAUUGGGUAUCGUAUUUAACAAAUUGGCUUUUUAUGAACACAACACCGUUCCUCAUUGCGGGGGAACUUCAUUCGUCCUUUGUUCGCCCUCGCCACAACAUCUACUCUCCUCUCCAGAACCCUAUUGCUAUUGCUAUUGCGUGGGUAAACAACUCUCCCCUCCCCCUCCCCCUUCCUACACAGGUAGCCUCACGAUUAAAGUUUUUUAGAAGCAUGUUUUCAUUACGCUUCGUUCGCGUUCGAGUCUUCCUCCGACGUGCCAUUGCUUUCGAAAUUUGACGUGUUUAUCUGCGCCGGAACCCCGUUGGUUUUGACGAGUUGAUUCACCGCUGGAUGAAAAGUGGUGCUGUUUUCUGAAAUUUGUUCGGGCUUAUACACUUCCAAAACUUCGUCUUAGUGAUGCUAAUUUUCUGAAGUUUGUUGGGGGUCAUACGCUAUCAAGUGGUCCAAUGGAGUACAGCAAGGAGAAUAACUGGGCAGCUGGACGAAUUCCUGAAUUUGGUGCAAUAUUCAUGUCAAGUACCAUGACAAAGAAAGAGUGCUUUAGUCGCAAAAUUUUUGGUUUACCAUCUUCGAAGUCUGAAUUUGUUGAACGUGUUAAAGCUGGAAUGAUCUUGUUCCUUUUUGAACACGAGAAAAGACAACUUUAUGGUGUUUAUCAGGCCUCCUCUGAUGGUGCAAUGAAUAUUGUUCCUAAUGCAUUCCGUUAUUCAGGGAAGCAUUUUCCUGCACAGGUUUGUUUUAAACCAGUAUGGUAUUGCAGUCCACUUUCUGAGAAGGAGUUUCGAGAUGCGAUUAUGGAGAAUUAUUUUUCUCCAAAGAAAUUUAACUUUGGUCUAUCUAAAGACCAGGUUCAUAGGCUUCUGAGUUUAUUCUCUUCAAGGAAGUUGAAAACUAAGCUACCUCCUCGGCAACUGCCAGAAGUAGUUGAUGGAAUAGAUUAUGAGGACAGACACUUUGACACCUCUCCCUUUAGUAAUAUAGGAUACAUGGAUUCAACUGAAGGUAAUGGGCUCAAACCUGCUACAUUACAUGGCUUCCGAAUGAACUCAUUGCGUAGAGACAAUGAAGAUGAAUUCUCGCCAGUUAAUGGUGGCAAUGCUGAAGAGGAAUUAUAUCCUUUAGAUCAGGCUAGUUAUCUGGGCAAACGAAGAAGAAUCAAUAAUGACAAUAGGUUAAUAAGUAAUGCUGUGGCAGAACAUGAAAUGUGCAACCAUGAUAUUUCAGAUGUCUUUCAUGUCAAUUCUCCGAAGGUUUCCUUGGAAGUAAGAGGAUUGGAUAAUAAACAACUAUCCAGACUUGAGCGGUUUCCUAGUGAAAAUCAAUUGGAUAAGUUUCAUAAUCCUUUCCCUGAUUCUGAUAACUUGAUGGGCCCAUUGGAUAAAGGGGCCACUGAUGAUGAUCAAUUUAUGCAGACAAACAAGUUCUAUAAAAUGGGAUAUGGUCCUGAACUUGCAUACGAAAGUGAAAACUUUAUGGAUACUUUGAGCAAAAGCAAGCAUCAAGGUGACAGGUUCCUGUUUGAUAGUGAACACAGAGAACAAGUUACUUGUGAUUUUACUAAUCUUACUGGUUAUGAUGAUGACAAGUUCUAUUCUUGUAGGCAAUCGAGGAGCAUGAAAGAUGAUUGCCACCACUCCGUAAAAGAACUAGUGGAAAAUAGGUAUUCUUUGAACCAAUCUGGUGUAAAUGUCAGUUCUUUUGAUUGCUCUUCCAGCUUUUUGCAUAAAGCAAAGAAUGCAACUUUGGGUGAGAAUAUCCCUAUCAAUGCCAUAAUUCAUAGUGAGCCCAAUCAUGUGCUAUCUUCCGUGGAAGGGUUCUCGGAUGAAAAUUCUGUAUGCCCUGAGAAUUAUCCAGGUAUGCUUAUUCACGGCAAGAAACAUUCUACUGCAGAAGGAAGAGUAACUGAUAACACAAUGGAUGGCAUUUCCUGUUCAGGAGCCCAAAUCAAGGAUGCUGGAUCUUAUCAUUUUGGUACUGUUGAUAGACAAGUUGAUGACCAUGGGAUGUAUAGAAUGAGGCAGAGAGUAGGAAAUAAAGAGGCCAUGCACACACGUCUGAGCCCAAAUGCCUCAGAGAACCCUUCUUUCUCCAAGCAGAAGGAGAGUGCAUCCCUACUUUUUGACAAGUUACUAGAGAAGAGGUCUUCUCAGCUAAGCACGUCUCAUAAAUUUGAACCUUUAAGGCCAAUGUAUGAGGAUGCAACUAUGACAGAAGUUGUUCCAUAUUUACCUGAACAUCCCAAUAUUUCUCAUGGAUAUGCUUCUUCCAUGGAAGCCAAUAAUGGGAACCCAGGUCCAGUGCAAGAAAAUCCUAACCUCCAAGGUUCUCUAGAGAAUUUGUAUUCAUUUCACGUGAGGAUGUCUCCCUAUCUGUCAGGAUCAAAAGUAUUUAAAGGAGGGAUGGAUGUAACACCUGAAUGUGCUGAUGAUGCUUUACCAGCGGAUGCAUUAUGCCGACAAAGUUACUUUCUUCAAAACAGGUCCUUUCCAAAGGCUGACCCAUCUAUGCAGACAACUCGAAAUGCACCUGCGCAUUAUAGAGGUUCUAUUAAUUCUAGGCUUUCUUCAAGUUCCCUCUCCUCUCAUAAUCAAAGAAAUACUGAAAGAGAGAGAGGGUAUAUUGCUUAUCCCUCUGUGUCAAGUGAGAGUCAAUUUCCAUUUCACUGGGAUCUUGCUAAAGCAUCACGUGUGCGUGAGUGUGAUUCUUGGCAGGAAAGGGGCAUGUUUGUUGGCAAUGAUGCCAUUGGUUCUCAAGCGAAUCAUUUUGGUGUAGAUGUUUGUGGCCAUGUAGCAGAUUCUACUAGUAAUGAUUUUCAGUUAUCUAGUAUGUGUACUAGUAUGUACGGCAAGGGAUGUCACAGAGUUUUUGAACCUCAGAGUUGCAACUCCAGUGGCUUCAGAAAAAGUGUUUUCACCCGCCUGACUUCCAGUCGACAAUCCAAGGUUGAUGAAGAGAGAAGUGUCAUUAAUGUUUACAGCAAUGAUGACUGUUAUAUGAAUAACUCAGUUGAUGAAGUGAUGGAAAUGCUGCAUCCUGGCGACACUGAGUUAGUUGGAAAAUCUGAACAUGAAGAGCAAAAUCAUAUUCAGAGUCAUACUGAAACUAUCUGCUCAAGAAAGGAGAAGAUUGAUGAAACACUCUUUGUUAUGGAAGGAAGUGUCGAUGAAGAAGUGCCUAAAGAGACCAGAACUGUGAGUUUUAAGCGUCGCAGUGAUAUGAAGAAAAGCAUGGUUGCGGCCAUGGAGGCCAAUGCAGACAAUAAAAACAUGGAUGCAGAGAAGAAAAUGGCAGAAGGUUCUGCAAUGAAGACUUUGAAACGGAGAAGGCUGGUAAGGCCUGUAUUUGGAGAACCUGAAACUGCCAGAGAUGCUGUAUGCACUAAUCAAAACUUGCAGCUGCUGGCCCUUGACAGGGACAGUACACUAAAGGGAGUUAGUACCAGCGAAGCCGAGGCACCCGAGGAUAGUUUGGGGUUAGGCAGUUCGGUGGCUGUGGGGCCUCAUCAGUCCUUGGAACGCAAUACCAAAGAGCUUUCGAAGACUGAUGAUGGAAUUAGUGAAAGUAUAGCAGAGGCCCCUGGGGAUAGUUCGGAGUUAGGCAAUUCGGUAGCUGUGGAGCCUCAUCAGUUCUUGGAAUGCAUUACCAAAGAGCAUUCAAAAAUUGAUGGAAAUAGUAAAAGUGGAGCAGAGGCUCCUGGGGAUAGUUUGGGGGUAGGCAUUUCCGUAGUGCAUCAGUCCUUGGAAUGCAAUACUCAAGAGCAUUCAGAAAUUGAUGGAAUUUGUAAAAGUUUAGCUGAGGCUUCUGGGGAUGAUAAUGGUGUAAGGUUAGGGGACUUGGUAACCACGAAACCUCCUCAUGGUACUACUGGGUUAGGGGACUUGGUAACCGCAGACGCUCAUCAGUCCUUAGAAUGCAACGACAGUGAGGAGCAAUCAAAAACUGAGGUGCAGAACAAUGUAGGAGCUGUUGAGUUAUCUUCCAAAAGGCAUGAACUUGAAAGAGCAGCAUUGGAGACCCUAAACCUCCCAACGGAAACAUGUCAGCAGUGAGAAUUUUGGCUUAAUAGCCAAGAAAUUUUAACCACUCUCCCAGGCAACAGAUAAUUCCAAGCAUGCUGAUAUGCUAGAAGAAAAUAAACAUUUGAAAGCUGCAAGGUGGUAUUGCUUCACUCCAGGGUGGUAUUAUUAUUCACUCAGGUUCUUGCUAGGCUAGAUGCAUGCUACGUGCUUGCUUGCAACUUAUGUUGGGUGUUGUGCCCCUUUUUGUGCAUAUCGUGCCCUGUCCAUCUUUUAUUCCAGGUUGCUCGGGCAUGCAUGGUUGGUGCAUAAAACAUUUACAUUUUGAGAACACGUAUGGGGCUACUUUUAGUGACAGACAUGUGAAAUUCCUGUUUAUAAUAUUGAAUGUUUUGAUUA